CCGGGCGGUGGGAAGCCGGACGGGGUGCGUCGGCCGCAGUCAUCCGGCGCGGCGGGUAUCGGAGCGGGAACAUGGCGAGUGUAGGGAACGGCACAGAGGAGAGCGGCGGCGGGGAAGAGGAAAACUUUGAAGAUGCCUAUGAAAAUAUCCCCAUGGCAUCCAAGAUGGAUAUCAAAUGUGCUCUGGAAGAAUGUUCAAUGGCACUGAACUUAUUUCUAAACAAUAAGUUCUCUGAAGCCCUGGAAAUACUUCGGCCAUGGUCGAAAGAUAGUAUGUACCAUGCCCUUGGGUACAGCACUAUUUUAGUUAUGCAAGCUGCUAUGACCUUUGAACAGCAGGAUAUACAAAUGGGAAUUUCUGCAAUGAAGGAAGCUUUGCAAACCUGCCAAAGAUUCAGAAAAAGAAGCACUGUGGUGGAAUCCUUGUCCAGUCUAGUUUCUAAACAGUCAGUAGAUCAGUUGAGUGAAGAGGAAAUGCAUGCUGAAAUCUGCUAUGCUGAAUGUUUACUACAAAAAGCAGGUCUCAUCUUUGUGCAGGAUGAAAAUAUGAUCAACUUUAUCAAAGGUGGCCUCAAAAUUAGGACAAGUUACCAAAUAUACAAGGAAUGUCACCAGGUGCUACAGAUGACUCAGGGGAACAAAAGCAAAAAUGAAACUUAUUACCAGUUUGAAGGAGGAGUAAAACUUGGAAUCGGAGCAUUCAAUUUGAUGCUGUCACUCCUACCAGGAAGGAUCCUUCGACUUUUAGAAUUUAUUGGAUUUUCUGGCAAUAGGGAGUUGGGCCUCAGCCAACUACGGGAAGGCGCAUCUGGCAGCAGUUUGAGGGCCAUUCUGUGUACUUUCACCCUGUUGGUUUAUCAUACUUACAUCUCCUUAAUCCUUGGGACAGGGGAAGCCAACUUUCAGGAAGCAGAUAGUCUCCUUGAACCCUACCUCCAGAAAUUUCCAAAUGGUUCCAUUAUUCUAUUUUAUGCUGCCAGAAUAGAUACACUGAAAGGAAAUUUGGAGAAGGCGCAGUUGAGGUUCCAAGAGUGCAUAACAGCCCAGGAACAGUGGAAGCAGAUUCAUCAUCUCUGUUACUGGGAACUGAUGUGGUGCUACACCUUCCAGCAGAACUGGCUUCAAGCUUAUCGGUAUGCAGACCUGCUCAGCAAAGAGAGCAGGUGGUCUAAGGCGAUAUAUGUGUUCCAGAAGGCAGCAAUUCUGUGUAUGCUUCCAGAGGAUGAUUUGAAAAGUACUGGUGAGGACAUUGUAUCUUUAUUCAGACAAGUGGAGGGUCUAAAGCAGAGAAUUUCAGGAAAAUCUAUCCCAACUGAGAAGUUUGCAGUAAGAAAAGCUCGACGCUAUGCAAGUUCUCAACCAGUGAAGCUGAUACUGCCUGCCUUGGAGAUGAUGUAUGUCUGGAAUGGCUUUGCAAUUGUGGGCAAAAGAGCAGACCUGACUGAAAACUUACUGGUAACAAUUGAAAAAGAAGAAGCUGCACUAGAAAAUGAAACUAAUCACAGUGAAUACUACAUGGAUGAUGUGUGCAUGGUGCAGUUACUAAAGGGCCUUUGCCUGAAAUACUUGGGAAGACUCAUGCAAGCUGAACUGUGUUUCAAUAAAGUAAUUCAAAGUGAGAAGCAAAUAAAAUAUGAUAGCUACUUGGUGCCGUUCACCCUGUAUGAGUUGGGUCUUCUGUACAAACAACAGGAUGAGAGAGAAAAAGCAAUAAGAUACAUAGAAACUGCAAAAAAUAACUACAAAGAAUACUCUAUGGAGUCCAGGUUGCACUUCAGAAUUCAUGCAGCACUUGACAGCAUGAAUGUGUCAUCUGCUUCAACACCUUGAAUGAGGAGGGAUGCUUUUCAUGCAGAUAAUAGCCUACGCAAUCUUUUUGCAGUCUUUUUUUUAAUCAUUGAAAGGAAACAACCUGAUGGUUGUUUCCUGUCAUGUUGAUUUGAUGUAUGUCAUUCCUUUAGACUGUUCUUUUUUUUUUCUGUAUAGUGCAUAUACUAUAUCUACUUGCUACUUUAAAAAAGACCUUACAUUUUGUUUGAUAGAAAUAAUUAAAUUUUUGACUUGAAUGGGGAAUAUUUAAAAAAAAAAUAUGGUGCAAUAAAGUUUAAUGCAAACAUUUUAUUUUUUUAUAAGAAAACAGAUGCUGGUUAUGCAGUGGAACUGGUGAUAACUUCUGCAUUAUUUAAAGGUUUGAUUUUCUGCAGUAUACUUGAGACCUUUUUGCCUCUGGAACAAAAAUGCAAUGUCUGCAGAUAACCUUAACAUUUGGCAUACCAGGUUCUGAAAUUUGUGUUCCAGAGCAAAAAAUUAAUCAUCUCUGACUUUAUGUCAUUCUGGGAACAGAAUUAACCUGUCUCAAGUGUGGCAUUUUUACACUGUCAGAUAAAGUUAAGCAGGGCUAAAGGUAUAAUGUCUUUGCAGGUCACUCAGAAUAAGUUGUUAUGUGGUAUUUUUCAGUCACAGAAAAGCAGGGCUGCUGCUCUUGCAGAAUCAACAGUUUUAUGUCAUUCCUGACAUAUUUGUUAAACCUGUUAAAAAAAAACAAAAACACCAAAACAAAAAAAAAAAACCCACCCUGAAACAGAAAACCAAACCAAACAAAAAAAACACAAAAACAAAACCAAACAACAACAAAAAACCCAACUCCAAAACAAAAAACCACUCAGCCACCCAGAAAAACCCACAACCUGAAACUUGCACUGAGGGACACUUUGUAACUUACACAGGAUGUCUUUUCCAAUGGAAAAAGGCUGGGAAAUUUUUCCUGGUGCCUAUCCCAAGGAAUUCUUGGUGCAUCUGAAAAGGGUUGCUUCCCAUCUUCCCUGUCAUGGAUCUGAAGAAAGGAUUGUUCUUUUUUCUUUUUUAAAACAGGCUUUUAGUAUUUUAAGACACACCCCCCACCCCUUGUUGGUAUUCUGUGUUCUUAGAUUACAACCAAAAUAAAUAAAAAUUUACAUUAUUUAUUCAUUUUCCCAGUAAUGGGAAUAACUCAUACUAAUGCACAUCUGUUUUUCUUUUCACCUUACUGUGUGAACAGCAGUACCAAAUUGAGUUUACCAAUUCAUUUUAUAUGCAGAUUCUGCUAGCUGUCUAUUCCUAAGAAUAUACUUGAAUUCUAAGUAUACACCCAAUAACUUUCCUUUCACUAAUUAUUGCAAAACUUGUCCUGUUCCAUAUUUUAUUAAUGCCACUAUAUUUACUUCUGCACAGUAAGCUCAUAGUAACUAUGCACCUGUAUGUGAUUCUCUGCCUUAACUCCCAACCCAAGAAAAAACAGACCAGAAUUAGGUGAAAAAUGUGUCUUCAGUAGGUGAAAAUUUUUAAUUAAAUGGUCCAUGUAAUGUAAAUGCUGUAGUUAUUCUUCUCAGGUGACUGAGAGCACAGCUUUAUUCUGUGUCUUUAUAAAUUAGUCAUUUAAUUGUGUAUAAAUGAGUAAAAGAGAACUUUGUUUUCUUCAGUUCAGCCUUCCAGAGUCAGUGUUAAUGCCCUGUGUAUGUUACAAUAUGUCUCUUUUGGGAUCAGCAUUCUUGCACUUGUGCAAAAAAAUAGGCAUAUCAACACAGAUCUGCAAUACUCUUCUAGUGUAUUGAUUCCCUGAGGUUCCCAGCAUUAAGUACUCUUUACAGCUUGUUUCUUUUUCGGUGGUGCUGUUCCAGACUUGUUUCCUAGAAAGCCUGAUUGAUCAAGAUUCUUAGCUUUAUUCUGGAUUUUUAUUCCGAUUUAGUAGUGUUGGAAAUAAUAAAUAUUUUAGUGAUAUCUAUCCCUUCAGGUAGGUCUCAGUAGAGCUGUAGAGAUGCUUUGUCUUCCAUAUGCUGCAGAAGUGUGUCUCCCCAACACAUUGCAUCAUUGAUGCAGUAUUGUUUACUAAGGAAUGUCUAAGUUAAGUGAUUUGUGGCUAAGAGUCUGGAUGAAAAGUUUCUGGCUUUUUUUUUGUUUUCUUUUUUUCACCUGCUGUGUACUGUACUGGGCCUUAAAUACAACUCUGUUUUAGUCUUGUGGCUCUCUAUGUUUUCACCUUGCUUGUCUCUAAUGAGAAUUUUGAAUAAUGUGUUGAAAAUUCCAAACAGAGCAAAGCUGAGCAUUUAUCUAUGAUGCUAUAAACUCUUGAUAAUAGUAGGAAUUAUAAUAUAUACUAGAGCAAAGCUGAAUCCUGUUUAAGCGAGCAAGGCUAAACUUACAUACUUACAUUAUGGCAAAAGGUCAUUAUGAUCUUUCUGAUAAUAGAUGUAUAUUUUUAUAAGGUAAGGAAUCAUAAAGUAGCCUGGAUAUAAGACAAAGCUUCUCUUUGAUUAAAAAUUGUCUACUUAGAAAAUAUUACAAAAAAUCUUGUCUGUGCAUAUCAUUCAAAUGUUUAGUCUGUUGGUGAAAAAUUGUUGUGUUACGGUUUUUAAGUCCUAGCCCACCAAUUUUUAACAAAAUUUGAAAGAAAAUACAUGUUAAAUGAGAGCUGUUUAAAGAUUGGUUUAUAUCUGUCAUAAUACACAUAGGUAACAGCUGUAUUUAGCACCUUAUGGCCAGAAAAAUGUACAAUCAUCAGAUACUGUUAUGUUUUUAAAACACCUUGCCAACUAAUGUAUAAAACAAGUAAUUGUAGCAAUCCAACUUAGUCUUUGCAGUUAUUUUAUUACUGAUCUUAAUGCUUAAUGUCCUUUUGUUUGUGUAUGUUCUUAGGCUGUAUAGUUCAACAAAGAAUGUUUGUAUUUGCACUGGUGGUACAGUUUAUUUGCUUCUGAACUACUGAGGUUUGCACAUUGUUUCUACGUGGUACCUGAGUCAGAAAAAUGGAGGCUGAGAUGAAAAAGUAUAUUCUGGUUUAAAGAGCAUGUAGAAAUGUUCAUUCUGAUGCAUUGGAAUGGAUUCUUACUUCAGAGGAAUAAAUCACAUUUUAUGCUUGUGCUGCUGAGUGCUGAAUUUGGCACUGUAUUCUAGUUGUGCAUAAAGAACCUUCAGCUGGGAUUUAUCAAAACAGUCUCAACAGGAAAAGGCCUGAUCUCAAGUUUAAACAUGCUAUCUUGGGCAUAUAGUUCUUUUUAUGCAAACUGUCUAGCCUGAGAGCUUGUACAAAUCUAUCAAGGUCUGGGAGGAAAUAAAGGUUCUUUGAAAUGUAGAUAGUGAAUGGAAAAUAAACUACUUUAGUCUCAAUCUGUCACCAGCAAUCAAAUAAUACCUUUAAAUGGUAUAAAAUACAGGAGUGGUUAAUAAUUAGCUCAUUCUGUUAUUAGUUAUUUAAUUAAAUUCAGUAAGAACUAGACAUGAUAUUCUCCUAGGAUUCUUUUAAAAUCCCAACAUUAAACCCAGGGAGAAAAUGAUCUUUUUACAUGUGUGCAGGGCUUGGUUUCAGUAACAUUGAGAAAAGUGAAUGUUCAAAGUUAUUUUUUAAUGUGAUAUGGUUAAGUAAUUCUGUAGUUGCAUCUAAUUUUACCUGAUGUUUCACAGCAAAUAGGUCAUGUAACUGUUUGCUGGGAGUUACCCAUUACCUAUUACCAAUAGUUGCUGUGGUUUGAAUGAUAAGAAUGAUGAUUUUGGUUACCACAAGAACAGAGAUUCUGUCUAAAGUUGGCUCACAACUAGGCAAUAGAAUGGAAAUAUUCCUGAAUACUUGUUGCUGUUUGUAAGAUCCUAAUUUACUUUCAGCUAUUAGACUUACCAUAGUCCAGAAUAAAACCUCUGUACCUAGAUCAGAGUGAUUGCAGAGUAUUAAAUAAAGGAAGUACAUUGAAUAGAAGUAGGAAAAGAAAACACACUGAAGAAAGAGAGAAGCACAAAACCAGGAACUACAUCUGCAUUCAUGCCAGCAUGUGGCAGAAGUUAUGUUAUAAUCUGCUACUGGAACACUGCAUGCUGUUGAGUAGUAACAGUUCUGUUUAUUGAACAAGUCACCCUUCCUUAAGGAAAUAUGAAGAAGAGCCAAAUAAGCUAACUUUACAUUCUGAUUGCGUGCUGUUGGAAGUGAAAAGUCACUGCAUUGGUAUCUGGGAUUUCUGGAGUUAUGCAAUCUAAUUAAAAUAAAAUUACACCUUUUCUUGUCUAAACAGUUCCAGGGGAUAGAUUUCAGUGCCACUUGGUGAAUUGGUGGGCCUUAUAUUAUGAAUUUUCCAUCUUUUUCAGUUGACUUAUGUUAAAACCGCUGUGGUUUGUUUGAGACGCUACUGAAAUAGUUGCAGUAGAGAUACCAGUUGGUUUUGGGUCCACUGUAAAACUGAAUUUAAAGUUUACUGACUGAACAUUGGCAGGACAGAAAUGGAAAGGUGACUCCUGAUUUCUGAUACAGCAAGUUUUCUUAACUUCAGGAAUCUUGCUUGUGGACUUCGGAAACUGUUACAUACCCACUGCUUCUGGUGUACGAAACCCAGUAAGAACAGUGAGAAGUUUGUUGGCAGCUGUUUUCUUCCUGGACACUUCUGAAGCUACAAAGGGAAAACUGACUUCCCUUUUGAAGGGGGAAAAAAAAAGGGGGGGGGGGAAGAGAGAGCUAACACUUUGCUUUUAUUUUUCUUUUUUGAAUUUUUCAUUACUUGCCUAGGACAGCCAGGUUGGAAUCCUAUUCUUACCUGUCUGCCUGGCUGUCUAAAAUAGAUAGCAGAGCCUUCAAAGAAAGCUCUUUCAUCUGUCGUUGAUACCUGUGCUCUGUGCUUCCCUGGAAUUACGCAAAACAGAGGUAACUGCUUGUCUUGGCUAGCUAUAGCAAGAUAGCCAUUAGGAAAGGAUUGAGGGAGAAAAUGCAGGAGAAAUUUGGGUGUGAAGGAUAACAGUGAGGUAGAAGUAGGAAUAUAUUAGAUAGGGAUUUCCAUAGCACCUGAACCAUUGAUACCACACAGAAUAACGUGACAGAGUAGUGCAAAUGUCAUUGUGAUAGAAAGGUGUCAAGUAAGAAAAGUUAUGAUGCAGAGUAAUCGCUUGCUGGCUAAAAUGAGGCAAUACGAUCUGGAGGUAAUGCAGAGCAGAAAAUGCUGAUGAGGAUAGAUGGACCUCCCUCCAGGCCAAAUUGCCGAUUUUAUGUAGUUGGAGUUCUCUGAUGACAGCUGCAGAGAAAGGGUGUUUUGAGUUUCUGUAUGAAGACUGUAACCAGUACAGCCAGAACAGCAUUCUGUGUCCGUGUGAAAACCUUGCAGAGUUGUGGCUAAUAGCCAUUUCUUUGGAUGACAUAUGUCUGAAAAUAAACACACCAAGUUGUGGAAAAAAAAAAUGGAAGUUUUGUAAUGGCAGAUCUUAAAAGUUUAAUGCUUUUAGUCUUUUUUCCCCCAAGUUAUAGUGAAAAGUUUGUGUUUAUGAAUUGCUGACAGACUUGGCAAAACUUUUUAAAAAAAUUCAUUGUGCUCAUUGGUUUUAGAACUAGACAGUUACCUCCAUAUAGGUCUGAAGUGGGAUUCGUAUCUCCUCCUGAACUUUGGGCAUGUGUCGUAGGUUUCCUCGGGGACCUCCAGAGAAAAAAAGUGAAGAUGAAUACUGAUCAGACAUAAUGGCUGAAUUAGGCUAAAUUAUAUAAAAUCAAAUAAUAGGAAAAUAGUUGAUCUUGUGACUUGUGAUGUUUUCAGUGUAAAAUCACAGGUUCGGAGGCACUUGUUCACUCCUUUAAGAUGCUUCAGUUUCAUGGUUAUUAACUGUAGGAAGAAUCCUAGUAUAAAGGAGUUGCUUGCAGCUGUAGGUGUUCUUAACAGUCUAAAAUACAGCUCAGUUCAGGGCAAGGGCACAAGUUUUCCUGGAAUAAGAAGCUUUUCCAAGAGCACUGUUCUUAAAACAGGGUUAUGUAGACUGCAUAGUAACUGGUGUCCACUAUAGUACAGUUCAGUACCUGUACUCAUUUUGAGGGGAUAAAAAAAUAACGAAAAUCACUUAGUAAAUUAAUAGCAAGAAUUUGAGUAGAAGAUAUAGAGGGUAGAGCCUCUUAUCCUGGUAGAAAAAGCUAGAAAUGAGCUGAUGUUAGAAUACAGCUUGUUUAGAAUGUUAUAAAAUAGUAUUUUCUAAAUUUUUGAAUGUUUGAAUUUGAAUGUUUUGAAUUUUAAUGUUCUGUCAGUGGUCCUAUAAGCUCUUGCUGGUUUAUUUCCUGUGAAAUCUGUAAUGUUUGUGGACCGUCACUCCUAAUUUUGAAGCUGCUGUUCUGUUGAUUGUGGGUGAUUUUUUUGACACAGAAGCUAAUACAACUACAGCAAUUGUAUUUUUCACUACAUAAUAAAUUGUUUCUAUCCAAAACUGUA